UCGACCUGCACUCUCGCCAUAUUUUCAACCGUGUGAAUCCCGCAGCCCGGUUAGCGACUGAGUCCAGGAGGAGAAAGCAUUGACACAAGAAAGCAUUAAGUGUGAAUCUUCAAAGGGGAAAAGGUGACAGCUGCGUGAUCUUCCUCUCUGCGUCUGUGAAUCCUUCAACAAUGAACGUGUUCAGACUGACAGGAGACCUCUCUCAUCUGGCUGCUAUCAUCAUCCUGCUGCUCAAAAUAUGGAAGAGCAGGUCAUGUGCAGGUAUCUCUGGAAAGAGCCAGAUCCUGUUUGCCAUAGUGUUCACCACACGCUACUUGGAUCUGCUGAGCUCCUUCAUCUCCCUCUAUAACACAUGCAUGAAGGUGAUCUACAUCGGCUGUGCGUACGCCACAGUCUACCUGAUCUAUGUCAAGUUCAGGGCCACCUAUGACGGCAACCAUGACAGCUUCAGGGUGGAGUUCCUGGUGGUUCCUGUCGGGGGUCUUGCUGUUCUGAUCAACCACGACUUUUCUUUCCUGGAGAUCCUGUGGACGUUCUCCAUCUACCUGGAGUCGGUUGCGAUCCUCCCUCAGCUUUUCAUGAUCAGUAAGACCGGCGAGGCAGAGACGAUCACCACCCACUACCUGUUCUGCCUGGGCAUGUACCGGACCCUCUAUCUCUUCAACUGGAUCUGGCGUUUCUACUUUGAGGGCUUCUUUGACAUGAUCGCCAUUGUGGCCGGUGUGGUCCAGACAGUCCUCUACUGUGACUUCUUCUACCUUUAUGUCACCAAAGUGCUGAAAGGCAAGAAGCUGAGCCUGCCAGCGUAAAGACGUACAGGAGACGAGGACUCCCAGCAGACUCAGGGGGUGUGGAGAUGACUUCAUGGAAUCUCGUGACCUACAGCAAAAGAUGCCUGAGACAGAGAGACAACUAUCGGGGGAGGGAAAUAACACUAGUCUUCUUCUACUUGAUGAUUGCAGAUCGAACUGGUAAAUUCCAACAAACACCAGAGCUGAACAAAGAUCAUCCCGGGUCAACCUUUGGAUUUCUGUGUUCAGCAUCUUGCCUUAAACUUCUUUUCAUCGCUGUUCAAAUAGGAGGAAAGGCUUCUUUUUUUUUUUCUUUUCUUUUUUUUUUUUUUUUACAUGUGAGGUGUACACGCUUUAUUUUUUUUAUUUUUUUUAUAAUGUCACAAAUAGGGUCGACUGAGACGCACCUUGUUUGGCUUGUUAAUGAAAUGCACAAAUGUACAGUCUUAUUACAAAGUGAGAAAAAGAGUAAUGUAUCUGAGUGCCUGAUGAGGAUUAUGUCCGCUUUCUCACAAUAUUUCUCCCCUUUUCUUUUUUUUACUUUAUGAUUUUUAAAUGGUUUAGUUAACUGUAAUCCCUGUACCCAAGAGGCCAACAGCACGAGCUCCUCACUAUCCAUUUAGUAAACUCUCUGAACAUUUUAUCUUCUCUAAAUAUCUACGCCUAUUUGUAAGCAGAACGUAUGAGAGGGUUUGUAGGUUUAAAAAAAAAGAAAAGAAAAAACAUUUAAUAAAAUGCUUUAGUUGCCAGCAACCUUGACGGUUUAGAUGUCAGUAUUUUAAAAUAGUGGCCAUCUUACUUGGAGUCAAACAUUUCACGUGUUUGUUUAUUUUUUUUAAAAUCUUUUUUGCUCAGCUUACUUUGUAAAAAAAACAACAACUUAAAGGCAGUAAUUGUUCUACAGCUUUAAUAUAGAUGUCAUACAAUCUUCAAACUAUGCUACAUCACAUUUCAGAUGUAGACCAGGCACGAGCUGUGUUUCUAGUAUUGCACCUCCGUAACCAACAGUGAAUAGUGAGUUUUCUUACAGGUGAAAUCAGUGACGUCGGAGUUAAGCAAUAAUGAUGAAUGACUGAUCAUGUCUCUCACACACGGGGACGAGAAGUGUGAGGAAGGAGUGUAGGUGUUUGACGGGACGGGGGAAUCCCCACCUGCACUCCAGUGGUGCCAUUUCAAAGUUUAACUGUAUGUCGAGUUUGAACAAUGAAAACCGGUUUGACAUUAAGCAGGUGUGGUGAUGAUGAUGAUGAUGAUGAUGGUGCAUUUCUAUUGACUUUAAAGGCCUUGUGUCAACUCCAAUUUGUUUUCCAAAUUAGUCAUUCCUAAAGGAGUAUUUCAAUUUCUAUAUUUCUUUUUUUUGCAUGAUACCACCUCCAUUAAAGAUUUUAUGAGAAUCA